AUGGAAUCUAUAUGUUCAGUAUUUCAACUUCAAAAAUUUGCAGAAAAAUACUUCAAAGACUUUGAGGAUUACGGAGAUUUUUGCAUUGAACUGGACAAUAGAGAUAUUGACAAAGACAGAGCUAAAUUUCUAGUAAAAAGACAUUUUUUUGAAAAUGAGAAGUAUAAAUAUUAUCUCUUGGAUGUGGAUGCUCAUCUAGAAGCUUUUGGACUUGUGGAAGCCAAGAAGCUGGCAGUGAGAUACUUCAAAGACUGUGAGGGUUACAAAAGUCUUUGGAACAACCUGUGCAACCGUAAAAGUAUUGACAGAGAAGGAGCUAAAUUUCAAGCAGAAAAACAUUGUGGAGAUAGCAUGGUUAGUUCUUAUUAUUUAUUUUAUACGAGGCAGCAUAUUGAGUUUGUGUAGCUGUUGGAAAUAAGUUAGUAGAUCCUCUGUUAAUGUGAGCUGAAACAGACAAGCAU